AUGACACUCACCUACGCAGCAUCCAUCAUAUCCAAUCCAGAUAAUCCGGUACACCACAAUGUAAUAGCACAGAGAUUCAAAAACAUUUUUGCAAAAAAAAUCAGAGCAGACCCUCCUUUUUACCAAAGAUAUAACCAGUAUCUUUCUAGCCUCCAACUAAAACAACCAAACAUUUUCUCAACUCCUAAUACACCCAAUACUCCUCCCUGGAUAAUCCCCCGAGCCAACAUUGAAUAUGGACUGCUACAAUUUGAGAAAAAGAAUACAAAUCACAGGAUGUUCAAUGUAGCAUUCAACCAUCUUCUGGAGCAAUACGAAGACUUCUUUCCAGUAUACACUGAUGCAUCUAAAAUGGAAGAUGGAGUAGGGGCAGCUUUCACUAGCUCUGAUUUCAGCUGUUCAUUUAAAUUAUCGAAAGAAAACACAAUACUCACAGGUGAAUUAUACGCUAUUUGGAGAGCACUAAAGUACAUGGAGGAAAAGAACAUCCCAAAAUUUCUGAUUGUCACAGAUUCACUUAACGCUCUCGAAACAAUUACACAACUAUACACCAAUCAUCCCAUCUUGCUUCGCAUAAAACAGUCUCUCCACCUACUACAUCAAAAACAUAUUUGCAUCCGGUUUAUGUGGGUCCCUUCACAUAUGGGCAUAGUUGGAAAUGAAAGAGCUGACAAACUAGCGAAAGAAGCAGUUACUAACCCGCUAACAGAUACAGUGUUACUUGCUGUUCACACGGAUCUGAAAUCUCUAUACAAGCAAAUGAUCAUCAAUAGUUGGCAAUCACAAUGGAAUAGUUCGUCAGCAAAACUUCAUGAGAUAAAACAGUCAGUAUCUCCUUGGAAAAACAACCCCAAUAAAAGAAAAGCCCAGGUCAUUUUAUCUUGUCUUCGUCUAGGCCACACUCGUCUCACCCAUGGAUACCUACUAUCUGAAGAAAAUCCCCCAGUAUGUGAAGUGUGUGAUAGUCCUCAAAGUGUUAAACAUAUUCUCACCGAGUGCGUGCUUUAUCACAAUGAAAGACAAGCUUAUGGCUUCCCACCAUCAAUAAAGGACAUAUUAGGAGAUGAAUGUGAUAUUAAUAAUCUAUCAGCUUUCCUCAGAAAUACCAAUUUGUUACAUACUUUCUAA